AAGAGCCGACUCGCUCGCUCGCGACACAUCACUACCGCGAGUCACACGGAGCUUGUUGACGGAUAUAAACCUUUGUUCAGCGAAAGCGGAUUAUCGACAUGACUGAGUGCGUUGACCUUAGAUAGCUGACCUGUUUACAUAUUUACAUUGACACGCCUACGGGGGCAGUCGUGGCCUAAUGGAUAGAGAGUCAGACUUGCAACCCGAAGGUGAACCUGAAGGUCGUGGGUUCGAGUCUCGGGUCCGGCAGGGAUUGUAGGUGGGGGAGUGAAUGACCAGCACUCUCUCCCACCCUCAAUACCACGACUGAGAGGGAUGAUGGGAGCGCUGGUGAAUGUCCGGAGAGCAGGUCGCUCUCCACCUUUGCUCACGGCCGCCCUCGUCGCUUGUAUCCUCCUGUUCGGCUUUAACUACUGGGUCUCCAGCUCGAGAAAUGUGGAAUUGCAGACUAAGUUGCUGGAGCUGGAGGAAGCUGUGAGGCGGGUGUCGGCUGAGAAGGCACGGGAGCAGGUGGGCCGGAACGAGGCAGAGGAACAAGUACGUAGACAAACGGAACAACUGGUCCUCUUGGAGGGAGCUCACCAGAGACGGCAUCAGAGCGCCCAGAGCAUGUGGAAACAAGAGAAGGAGAGUCUACUGCUCAACAUCUCUUCCAGUGCUAAAACUGUUCAGGAUAUGAAAAACCAGAUGAAGAGUCUGCGCGAGGACCUCAGUAAGGUGCAGAAGGAGCUGCAGUUGUGCCAGAACAACAUGAACACACUGAAUAAGAAACUCACCUACGAUAUGACUCAGUGUAACACGCAGAUAUUAGCCCAGAAGGAGGAGUGUAACGAAAAGGUCGCAGCAGCCAAACUAGAGGUGCAGAAGAAGUACGAGAAGCAAAAUUCAGCAGCAGCUGUUCAGCCUGCGGUUGACUCCACUCGGAAAGCAGUUGUCUCUAAACCCAUGUCAGAAACGCUCACUGGAGACAACUCAACAAAAAAAGCUGGAGUACCUAUGAAGAGAGAACUAGCUCCAGUGGAGCCCAAAACUGAAGACCACCUGGAAACCAAUGAGAUACCACAAGAUGAAGCUGUUCUAACCAUGAAGGAUUCAGACAAGCUGGAGUUGCAGUCCGACCCAUUACUGCGCAAUCAGAACAGCACCCUGAAAAGCCUGACCAAUGCCAUGGAAGGAGUGAUGGACAUUAACGGAGGAGACUUGAAGGAUGCAGAUGCUCUGUUAGAUGCUGCAACAGUCCCUAAAGUGAAGGAAGAAGACGCCAUUGAAUACGACAAUGAGGGCGAGAUUGAGAAACGGCUGUCUAAACUAAAAGACGAAAAAGCAGCUGCGCAGGAGUUUGAGGAGGAGCUGGCUGACUACAACGGCGACGAUGAGAACGAACCCGAGUUCGAAGCUGACAAACAAGCAGAGCUCUCCGAGGUCUAACACCUAUGCACACACAGAGGCUCACACUCGUGCCUGGUGAUGGGGUUAACCCUCCAUUCAGAUCCUGCUGGGUUAAACGGUUCUAACCCCGGAUCGCUUACCCGCCGUUUGUAUGAUGGCGAGCAGGCACAGAAUUUACAUUCCUGUUCAGUUUUGCUGGCAUUUCUCCUCACGUACACUGAGUCUCUUACUUGCCGUUGCACAUGAUGAAGAUUUUCCAACAUAUCAAAUGUCAGAAUGCUGGAGAGGGUCCAGCACUGAAGCAUAUUCAUAAAGCUGAGGUCUUUUAUUGUUUUAUACAUUACACUGAAAGCAGACUUGUGGAAGUUUCACUUGGUCAAAUCUCUUCUCUGUCUCAAAUUGCUAACACUGGGUAGAUGUAGUGUACUAGAACCGCUGUCUGCCAAGUGAACCUUUUGCACUCAAAGCCUGCUGUAAAUGGUGGAAGGGGCGGAGAAGCACGUGGUUUGAAUUUGAAAAUGAGCAACACAUCAAGUGAGAACACAAAGUGUUAAAUUAGAAGCAAAAAGUUUUAAGUUUUUUUUUUAAAUCAAGGGUUCCUAUGCAAAGAAUUACGUAAUAGUUAAGUAAGUUUGCGUUUGUGUGAAGUGCAAAAAUGUUAGCGUUUUUUGUUUUUAUAUUUCUGUAGCUGCGCUACAAAUAUAUAGACAGCAGAGGUAUUGGAGUAGUGUGUAUAGUGUGAAAAUGCUGUGCAUUGUGUGUGAUUUGAGACCUAGCCCAAGAGCUGUCCACACUGCUACAAUAGGUAAGGAAUAAAAGACAGGACAUGCUGAAGCUGAAUAUUUUCCCCCGAACAGCAUGCCACACAAUGAUUUUUUUUACCCCAUUAUACCACAGAAAUUUGUGAAAAUUACAAUUUUUAAUUAAUUUAAAAAAAUGUUACUUUUUAUCUAUUUACAGUUACAGGCCACGAAACAAGUCCCUUCCGUUACAGCAGCUAUCAUUUACUCAACAACCUUUUUUCUUUCUUAAAAAGACAACCGACACUGGAGACUCCUUCCAUAAAUAUUAAAUAAACAUCUAAAAUAAAGUGUAAAUAAUCUUGAUAAUAUAUUUAGAACAGAGCAGAAAAUGUUUUCAAAACACUGAAAAGUUUUUGUAUAAAAAUCUGUUUCAGAUCAGUGUAGAAUUUUUUUUUUUAUAUUUUAGUUACAGCUUAAUCAAUGUAAAGUGCUUUUGCUCUGAGAAGAGGUUUGAUUUAUGAAACUCCCAAAAGCUAAGUGCAGAUCUUUCUAGAAAUCAUGCUAAUCUGAAUGUAUGUACAACUGAUCACAAUAUGACCUUUAACUUAUUCCCAUUUUGCUGAAAUCAGUAACAUUGCCGUUGAUUGUGUGCUUGCUAGGAAUCUUUUAGUCGAUACAAGUUCAGAAAAAAAAAAAAAAUAGUUAAACUGUAUUUAGAGCCGGACUUUAUAUUGGGUAAGUGCUGUUCCAUUUCUGAAAAUUGUUUUUAUGUUCUGAAUAAUAAUAAUUGUCAAUAAAAACCUAAUACCAAAAA